AUGUCAUUUUAAAAUAUUUGUCCUUUUGAUAUUAAAUUAGGUUAUUCCUCAACUAAUUGUUAAGGAUAAAUAGGAGAUUAGAAUGUUUUAGGAGGAGAAUUGUUGUACUUUAAAAAGUAAGAUAAAUAUGAAUAGCUAAUGGUAGACUAUGGAAGCUAAGGAUUGCUAGGAGCAUGGAAUCUUACAGAUGCUAGUCUUUUUUAUUCAAAUUCAUAUUAUUCUAAUCAAAAAAUUCAAAUUCAUUCUAUUUUUACUGAUAAGCAAGUCAACAUUUCUGAUCCAUCUUUACCAGAAACUUUCAUAUACAUAAUAGAUACCAAUUUUAAUGUGUAUUAAUAAAGUCUCUAUCAAUAGAAUAUUACAGUUAUUCAGCUUAACUAUAUAAUGGUAGAUGAUUAAUAGAAAAAUAUCUAAGUUUGCUUCAACAUUAAAAAUAGUAGAUUGUACUUCCCUUUUGAUAACUAUGUCUACCUUAGAUCGAUUGAAUAAUCUUCUUAAAUAUAAUUGGAUUCUGAAGUAAUUCAAUGCGAAAGUGAUUUUAGUUAAGACUACAUAUAUGUUCUUUCAUCUAAGAAUAAUAUUUACAAGAUUAGCUAAACUAAUUUUGAAAUUUAAAAUACAUUAUAAUUUUAAUUAGGAAAUGUAACUCAUUUGAAAUUCUAAUAAAGCUAAGGAUUAACAUUCAUAAGUUAUAAUGUAAAUGGAUAUUCCAUUUUCUCUUUGAAUUAAAAUUUUAAUUAACCAAAUUUACUUUUUUUCUCUCCAAAUUAAAUUAAUGACUAUGGAUUUUUAAAAGAUGGGUCUUUGAUAGUAUGUGGAAAUAAUUCAAUGAUUUAUUUUGGUUCUUAGUUUAUAAAUCCUGCUACAUAAUCUAUGGAUUAUAAUGACUAUCAUGUGUAUGAUAGUCUUAUUGCUCUACCUCCAUAAGAUUUAAAACUGAUAAAUUACACUAAACUAAUUGUAGGAGAUGACUUCACAGUAUUUUAUGGAAAUUAAACAAUGAUAACUGUGGUAGUAAACGAAAAUAGAGUUAUACAACUUAACAAAUGCUUAGGCUCAUAAUUACUUUUAGGAGUUACUCCUAAUGCUAUUUUUGAAGGUUCCAUAUUAAAAACGUUAACAUCUAGUGGCAUGCUAUUUAUAGAUAUAACAAAUGGGUAAAUAUAAAGGCAUUCAAGCUGCUUCUAUACAAAUGAUGUGCCAAUAGAUAAAGUAGAAGGUCUUUACUUUGAUGAUGAAUUACUUAGAAUUUACAUGAUUGAAAAUUAGGGGAAGUUAGGGUACUUUAGCUUUCCUAAGGGCGAAUAUCUGACUUAGUACUAUAAUCUCUCAACUUAAAGUAGAUUAUAAUUUAACAAGUAAGGAGAUUAAAUAUAUAUUUGGCCAUUUUAGACUCCUUAAAAUUAUUUAGUAAUAACAACAUAUCUUGAUGGAACUUUUUUACAAACUCUAAAUUUUGAUAAUGAUUUCAAAGUUAGCUAAGUAUAUUUUGACAACAGUUUAGAGAUUAUUUUAGUUAUUGAUUAAAGAUAAAAAUUAUUAGUUUUCAAUUCUAAAUAAUUUAAUCUACUCUACGAUUCUCCAGUUACCAAUUAUUAUGUAUCAUUUUUUUAAAGUCAAUAUGGACCAAUUAUUAUAUAUUAAAAUUUGAUACAAAUGCUCACUAAAGGAUAGGAUAGUCACCAAAUUUAAAUAAAUACUUUAAAUUUACAAAAUUAUAAUUCUAAUUUAACUUACUUUGAUACUUUUUCAAACUAAUUGAUACUUUUUAAUGCAGUUGGAACGUUAUAAAUUGAAAUUAUAGAGAAUCCUUAAAAUAUAAAUUUAAAAAGUUUAUCAUUCCCGCAAAAGUAAAAUUAAGUAUCUUAAAAUAUUUGCUUUGGAAAUAAAUAUUUGGUUAUUUUAAUGGCUUCUCCAAACGAAAUUGUCCUAAUUGAUAAAUAGACAAAUGAUUUAAAAAUAAUUAAUUUUGCAUUAAUAAUACCAAACUAGUGUUUAAUGCUUCUGGAUGAAGAAUUACUCUUAGUUGUCUCAAAUGGAAACUAACUUGUUUUUGUUGAUCUUUAAUCUUAAAUAAUUUUAAAAAAUGAAUAACUUGGUUAAUUAAGCUCUACUGUUACUUCAAUCUAAAUUGAUAAAGAGGAAAACUUAUUAAUUAUUUUGCUUUCUACAAGCCAAAUUUUUAGUUACGAUUACCUAUCUCUGCAAUAAGUUUGUGAUUGGGAGGCGACUAGGCCAAUUACGCUUUCUACGUUUUUGAUAAACACUUCUUAUAAAAAAAUUUUAUACGGUUCAGAAAAUAAGAUUUAUUUUAUUGAUUACACUUAGAAAAAAUUAAUGAAACAAAUUUAAUUUGUAGAGAAUACUUAAGGAGGAGUGGUAGAUUAGUAAACAAAAAGUAUAUUUAUUUAUACUAAUAAAGUUUAUAAGUAUGAUCUUUAAACUUAUAAUCUGAUUUUGGUGUCAUAAUUUAAACAUCUUCAAUAAAUAAAUCAAUUAAAUAUUAUUUAUGAAUGGAAUAUUAUUAUGACUUCUUCUUUAGAUAACACAAUAGCUAUACAUAGUUAUCCAGAAUUAAAUUUCCUAUAAUUACUUUAACAUGAUCCAAUUGAUUGUCAAAAUGUUAGCACUUUUGCUGUGGACAUAUAAAACAACAGAAUAAUUUCUGGUUGCGGAGGUGGGAGUAUUUAUGUAUGGAAGAAUAAUAUUUCUACUAAUAAUUUUUAUUUACUUAAAAAUUACUAAUAUUUGCUGUAGAUUUACUCUGUAACUCGAAUAAUAAUUGAUUAGACAAACAACUUAUUAAUGCUAUUCGGAUUAGAUUCGCUUCCUUUAUUAGUUUAACUAGGUAGUAUAGAUUAAUAAGUUGACAUAAUUUAGGUUUUACAAGGAAACGAUGGGGUAUAUGACAAGGAUCAUUAAUGUAUAUUUACUUUUGACUAAGAUGGUUAUGUUUGGAUUUACAGUCUUAUUUCCUAAAGCUAUAUUUUUAGAAAAAAGUAUCCUAUUCAUCAAGGUUAAGUAAAAACGAUAGUUCUAAAUCCAAUUAAUUUAUGGUUUGCGAGCAUGGGAUUAGAUAACACAGUAUAAAUAUGGCCAUAUUAUGUUUAUGAUCUUGAAAAACCAAUUGCUUAAUAUGUAAACGUAGCUUAAAUUUAAUAUGGCUAUUUAGAUAUGGAUAAUUAAAUUUUGAUUAUUUCAGAUUCUAAUUUUAGAAUAGUUUUACUUAAAUAUCCUGAUCUGAAUGUUAUUCAAGUUUUUGACUAGCAUAGAGAUGUCAUAAACUCUUUUAUAUUAAAUUAGAACUCAUUUUAGAUUAUUUCAUUUUCGAAUGAUUAAACAGUAAAAUUUUGGGAAUACGAGUUUUCUAUUCAAAGUACCUAUUUUUAGAUUAUUCAUAAAUCAUCUUCUAUUAUAAGUUAUGCUUUUGAUGAAGAAAAUAAUAGCCUAUAUUAUACUAGAUCUGAUGAAGUAAAAAAUAGUUACUUUGGAUUGUCAUUUAGUGAAAUAAAAUCAAAUAAGUACUUAAAACUAGAUAGCUAUAUGAUAUAUACUAAUUCUUCCUUUAUUGAUAUUGUAAAUACAUCUAUGAAAAGCUAAUUAAGCAACUCAUCUGUUAGCUUAAUAACACUUAUUUCAAAUAAGCUUUAAAUAACAAAUUUUACUCUAGAAGAGAGUUAAUUAUAAAAUGUUUCACCUAUUGUAAUUAACUAAAGCUAAGUGCUUAUAAAUUAAUCUUAUUUUAUUUCAAAUAAACUUUAUUCUACAUAAUAUGGAGGAGGUGUCUUUUAUUUUGAUGAUUCUCAUGUUAAAAUAUAAAAUAGUUAAUUUAUAGAUAAUGAAGCUUAAAAUGGAGGAUCGCUAUAUUUUAUUAAUAUGUGUGAUAGUCUACUAAAUAAUGUAACUUUUAAAAAUAAUACAGCUAGAGAAAAUGGAGGAGUUUUUUUACUUAAUGACUCAAAUAUCUAAAUAUAGAAUAGUACUUUUGAGAGAAACAAAGCUUUAAUUGGAGGAAUAGCUAGAUAUUUCACCUUUAUACCCUUAUUCCUUAAAAAAAAUAGAAGCAGCUUAGUUAUUGAUUCAUGUGGUACAACUUAUUAAAAUAGAUGCAUAGAUAACUAUGGUUAAUUCUAUGGUAACAAUUUCUGCUCUUUUCCAUAAAGUGCUAAAAUUAAUAAUGAGUUAUUACAAAAUGGAUCAAUAUAUAUAUUUAAAGAUGUAUAAAGUGGAACGUAAGAUAAUAUUUUGAAAAUAAACAUCUUAGACGAAGAAGGAAAUUAAGUAAAAUUCUAGAGUUUAAAAAACGUCCCAGAUAGAAUAUUAUAAGAAUUUUCUUAAUAUUAUGUUGAACUCUAGGAGCUAUAUUUACAAAACAAUAUUCAAGAUUUAAGGUAAAUUGACUUGAAAUUGUAGGGUGCAACUAUUCAACCUUUUGAGUUAGAUGAAUUCCUUUUAAAUUAGUACUAAGUAUCAGGGUAAUUAGGUAAAAGAGGGAGAGCAGUAUUAUAAUUUAAAGGAUUCUACUUAUUUUCUAAUUACACGCAAGGGUUUACUGAUACUUUAACUAUUUAUAUUGAUUACAACUUUAGAGAUUGUUAAAUAGGAGAAAUAAUAUAAUCAGCUUGCACAUCCUGUUCAUUAGCAAACUGCUAUACAUGUUAAAAUGGUACAUAUUCAAUUUAAGAUCCAAACUCAAAUACAAGUAAUAUGCAAUGUAAGCCUUGUGAUUACACUUCAAGUAUUUCUUGCUAUGGAAGCUAAAUUAAUUUAAAAUAAGGAUUUUGGAGAUCUGAUAAAUUCAGCGAUGAUAUAAUACCUUGUACUACAAAAUAAUAAAAUUUUUGUAAUGGAUAAGAAGAUACUAAUUAUUGCUCUGAAGGUUUAAUAGGACCUCUAUGCUAGACUUGUGAUAUAUUAGGAUAAUAUUGGAAUCAUUCUUAUGGGUAAAGUGGCUCAGAAGUUAAUUGCUUUUAAUGCUAAACAGAAGGAUAAUAAAUAGUUUAAUAGAUGAUAAUAUGUUUCUUUACAUUGUUAUAUUUGACAUAUUUAUUUUACUAAACUAAAAAUAAUUUGAAUAUGAUGACUAGGGUCUUAAUUAUUGAUAGGCUAGGACUAAUUAGAUUAGGUAAUUCAGGUUAAAUAGGUGAAAAAAGUUUUUAUAGUAGAUUAAUGAUUAGAUAUCUUUAAAUAUUUAUCAGUAUUUCCAGUCUUAGUCCAAAACCAAUAUUUAACUUUGAAGUAAUCUCAAUAUUUUCUCCUGUAAGUUCCAAUUAAAAUUUGCUGGAUUGCAUUGUAAGUCAAUUUAGUACUAUCUUACCUGUAUAUUAUUAUAAAGUGCUAUUUUUUAUAGCAUUUCCUUUAAUACUUAUUCCCUUAGGGUUCAUAUUCUAUGUUAUAAUAAUUAAAAUAAUAAGUUGUUUCUCUAAACAAGAAAAGAACUCUUUUUAUUUUGAAUUCUAGAAAGACUCUACUGUCACUUGCUUAAUCUUCUUAUUCUUUUUCUUGUAGUAAAGCUCCUUUGAGUCUUUGGUUUCGACUUUUACUUGCAAAAAGAUAGGUAAGGAGUUGUUUAUGAACUACUACUUAUUAGAAAAGUGCUAUUCAACCAAUCAUGUGAUUUUGAUAACAUCUAUAAUAAUGCCCGUGGUAUUUUUAUGGAUAGUUUUAGUACCAGGGAUAUUGAUUUAUAAAAUAUGGAGUAAAUCAAAGCAUUUAGAUAAAUUUUCAUAUCAAUUUUAAUUAAUUAAAAAGUACGGUUUCCUAAUUUGUGGUUAUAGAUAAAAAUUUUAUUUGUGGGAGUUUUUAGCUAUGAACCUAAAGCUGCUCUUAGUAUUUUUAGUAAUAUUUUUUGAUUCCGACAAACUUAGUAGAGCAUCUUUGAUACUAAUUAUCCUCUACUGCUAUCUUCUGCUCUUGCAAAAAUAUUAACCAUACUAAAAGAUUAAAUACUUUAAAAUAGAUUUAUUUUUUUCUUAAAUUUGCUGUUUGCUCACAAUAUUAUAUAUCCUGCUCAAUACUAUAGAAUAUGAUAUUCUUUUAUACCUUGGUACUAUUAUUGCUUAUAUUUUGCAAGUAGCAGCAUUUUUAAAAAUUAUCUUAGUUUACUUAGAUACCUUAAUUAGGCUUAAUUAUCAUUUGGUAAAAAAAACUAAAGUUGUAUUAAUUAUAAAAGGAUAUUUGCAAAAUAGGUAAACAUGCUUCAAAUUCUUUAAAUAAUAAUUAAAAUAAAAUAUGAAUUCUCUUUAUUUAUUAAUCUACUGCACAGAAGACAAUUCAUUUAAAAAAUUCAACAAUUUUUAGCUACUUAGACUUUCAAUCUAAGAUUAUAUUUAGAGAAAAAAAAUAGACAAAAAUGCUCCUUUCUUUUCUAUUCCUUAGCCUAAUGAUGAAAAUAGCUUUAAAGAGACUAACACUUAAGCAUAUUCUACCAGAAAAACCUAUCUUUCCAAAUGGGUAUUUUAAAAAUAGAGAAACUCAUAAAUAAAUUCAAAUUAAGGUUCUCCAAAAAGAUUUUUGGUUUAGUUUAAUUAAGAAAGCUAAUCUACAACAUAAAAUAUUAUGCUAAGCUAAUAAUCUAGUCCAACAGCAAAUAAAAUGUUUUCUGAUUUACAAAACAAAAAUCAAACAUAAAUUGAUUCAUAAUUUACUGAAAGCGCUAGUGAGUAUGGAGCAAAUUAAUAAAAUAACUACUCAACAAAAUAUAAUUUUAGAACAAGAAGCAAUACCAAAAAUAUCAAUCAUGAUUAGUUUUUGCUAUUGAGUAGUCCAAAAGAGCAUAGGGAUUAUAAAAAGAAUGAUAAAGAUUUAGAUUCAAUCUUUAAUGAUUAACCUUCUGUUUAAAAAAAACAAACUUUUUAAUCUGAUGAAGUCAAUUAGAUAGAAUGA